CAUAUGAUACAUCAACUCCAGUGUCUAGAAAUGCAACCAUAUAUUGCAGCACUGAAAUUUUGUCACUUGACUGGGAAUGUAAAUCAGACCGCUUGCUUCUUAUAGGUACAUCCGAUGGGUGCAUUAAGGCAUGGAAUGUGGAUGCAAAGAGAGUUGUCUGUGACCUCAACACAACCGAAGCAUUUCCAACUGUAUUGGACAUAAAGUGCAGUCCUGUGGAACCUAUUUUUGUGUCUGCAGCAGCAUCUGGAGGGGCUGGUUCUAACUAUAUUGACAACCUGGGUUUUGCUUCACUUACUGUGUGGAACAUGAAGACAUGGAAAGCCAUGACAGUCCUUCCUCUUGGAGAAGAUCCACCAGCAAUUACUUCUCUAUGCUUUAAUCACAAUGGAAAGAUUUUGGCAGCUUCUGCCGUUGAUGGAAUGAUUCACAUGUUUGACAUGUCUGCUGGUCUACAAAUCACUGGCUGGCCUGCACAUGAUUCUUCCAUCAGUUCAAUUCUGUUUGGACCAGAUGAGACUAGCAUUUUUAGCCUGGGCUCUGAUGGGAAGAUUUUUGAGUGGAGUUUGCAAAAUCAAGGUCAAAUCCUGUGGUCGAGAGACUCUAGUAGGUAUAUUUCUAGUUUGACACCUUACACUUAGAUGUACACUGUUUCUUUUUUCUUUUGUGCGGCUCAAAAUAGUUUUUAUUAGCC